CCGCUCGCCGCCGCCGCUCCUCGCUCUCGCUCGUCCAGCUGCGCCUUGCUCUCGACCCGCACCACCUCUACCAUUCCCUAGCCAGCGCCGGCUCCGUCUCGCGGGCGGCGCCGUCCACAGACUCCCUCCAGCGCCCGCUGCGCCGCCCCGUCGCCGAGCUUCCGGCGCGCCCCGCCCGUGCGGCGCACUUUACGCUGCUGCGCCGCUGCAGCGGAUCCAUUUGCCUCGUCUCUAGCGCCCCUGUCGUGUGCUGCCGCGCACCCUCCUCUCCUCUCGCUCCACCGCUCCGGGUCCGUCUCGUGCGCCGCCUUCCGCACCGAUCCUGCGGGGGCCCUGCAUUCAAAUUGCCGCCCAGCUGCGCGCACCCCCGUGCCUUGCGCUCCGCAGCCGCACGGCCGUGACUGGGCGCCGCAGCGGCCCGGGCCUGGCCGCUGCACCUCAGCCCCUGCUGGAGCCAGCUCGCGCUGGCCGUCCGGCGCCAUGACGGCCGCCGUCGCACGCGCGCUCCUGCUUCUCUACCUCUCCGCUCCAGCAAUAGCCUCGGGCGUGGCCGACUCGCACGCGCCUCCUCCUAUCUCGCCCGCCGCCGGCGCGGCCUCGACGUCCAGCGGCCCGCUCAGUGCGCUGCUCUCGCCCUCUGGCUCUCGCCUCUACGGCGGUGGCAGCACGCUGCUCUCGCGCCUGCUUCCUCCGCCGGACCAGCCACGGCCGUUCUGGGUGGCCGUGGCGCGCGCUCGCUCGUGGGCCGCCAGUGCCUCGCCGCCGGCGCCGGCUGCGUCCAUGGAGACAGGUGUGCCUCUUGCGGCGCCGGCGCGGAGCUUUGUGCAAGCCUUGCUGCAGUAUGUCGGUCACCUGCUGGGCCUGCUCCUGCGCGGGCUGUGGUACUGGUACAGGGCGAUGUGGAGAACGUGGACCGCAACGAUCCUGCUUGCUGCGCCAGUGACCAUCGUUACGCUCGCAUUCCUCUACAUCUCCGUGUCGGCGGGCUCUUCACGCCAAAUUGACUCGCUCUACGAGUUCAACGAGGGCCUCGCUGAUGUCGACCCUGCCGAGCUGGAGCUCGACUCGGACGAGUACGAGUUUGAGGAGGACUCUGAGGCCGAAGUGCCCGAGGGCUCGACUGCUGGGCGUCCGCUGCGACGAGCAUUCAACCUUGUUGCAUCGCACCGGCGGCAGGGCAGUCGCGACAGCAGCCACGUUGUGCGCAAGCGCAGCAGCCUCGUGCGCAUCACGAGCAAGGACCCGCGCUCGCGCUUGUGCGUCUCCCCGAUCCAACUCGAGCUCGACGAGCGAGGGCGCCGUGCCAAGGCAGAGAUGGGCUCGAUGCACCGGGAUGUGGACGGGACGCCGACGCGCAAGCGUCGCGAGAGCGGCCGUCUCACGUCGCCUGUCCUGUCUGCGCCUUCUGCUGAGGACGGCGGCGCGGCUGCCAGUCUCGACGCUGCUGCGGGCGCUGAGUCUAGUCCUGGCAGCGAACCCGCAGUAGAGGAUGGCGAGUCGGCUUCCCUCUCGUCGCUCUCAUCGGGCUACUCCACAUCGUCCGGCUCCUUCGUCUCCCUGCAGGACGCUGCGAGCACCUUCGAGGAAGUGGCCUUCCGCAGCGCUGCCAUGCGCCUCGUCCGGCGUCCGGCACCUGAGGGUCCGCCUUCCAUCCUCAAGCGUCUGCCCGAGGUGUUCGCCGGCGUGCCGCAGUCCGCCACGGCCACGCCUCCGGGACUCUACCCAUCUAGCCAGGGCUCGUUCAACGCCACGAGCGUUCCGUGGCACCAGCAAGGGUCAAUAAGAAGCAUGGACUCGGCGGCGUGGCCAUUUGACGGCUCCUCUUCGUCAUCGUACGUCGACUCGCCAGCACUCGGUGGCGCCUCGUCCACCACUUCCAGCCUGCCUCCCGGCGCAGCGCAUUCGCAGGACUCGUCGCUUGCUCAGCCGGCAGUGCCACGGCUCGGCAGUAUGACGCCUGCGCAGGUGCGCGCGGCUUGGCCGGGCAGCCGGCGACGCAAGUCGAUCAAGCUCACCGAGCCUGACUGGACGCUUCACGCCGAAGCUCACGACCGUGCGCGCGAGCGACUCGAGACGGCAGCGCAGGUGGCAGCGCACCCGGACCCUGAGAGUCUGAAGUACGUGCCGCCAAGGCGCUUCGAGACCGACGAGCGCUGGGACUCCGGUGCGGCAGGCACGGACGAUGACCGUGCCGAGGGAGAGUUCUGGUUCGAGCGCUUUUGCCAAAGCACGGCGGCCGCUGGACGAGACUGGGACUGGCGCAAGCGACGCGCGAGGCGCGCGGCCGAGCGUGCGCGCAUGCUCGGCGCCAAUGCCUCCACGACCAGUCUGCCGGCGAUGGUCGGCGGUGGAACGCCUGGCGAGGAGAAGCCAGCGCUCGCAAACGGCGUCGGCAGAACCGAUGUUCAGCUGCAGCAGGACCGCCAGGCGCACGCACGGCGCAUGCGCAACCACCAGGAGCAGCUUGCCGGGCCGCUCAUCUCCUUCACGUCCGAGGAGCUGCGUCGGCCCAAUCUGACCGUGGACGUCAGCAAGCGCAUUGACCCGCUGGCGGACGCCGCGCCGGCCUCGCCUCUUGGACGCGCUCUCAAGUCGCUGCGGACGAGCAGCUACAGUGGCGCGAGCCCUUCGCAGAGCGAGAAGCCGGCGUACGGCAGUGCGCUGCUGCAGCACAACGGCUCUGCGCCAAUGUCGCCGCCGACGUACACGCCUGCCCUGAUCCGCGCCGAUAAUGAUCUGUCUGGCAGCGCGCGCAUCCGCCAGAGCAUGGGCAAGGCGCUGCGCAAGUCCUCGGUGAGCAGCAACGCCUCGACGUACGAGUCGUCGCACAAUCGGCAGCGUCGCCACUCCGAGGCCGACAUCCGUCAGUCAGACGCAGCGGACGGCCUUGAUGUGCCUGGACGUGGCAGCAGUCUCUCGGCCGCCAAGCAGCGCAACAAGUACAGCAGCCUGGGCCGCAACGCCGGCGCGCAGCUCAAGGCGGAGCGCGAGCGCAUCGAUUCGAACGCCUCUUGGCUUCUUGCCGAGGCCGCGCUCGUCGCUGCCGACUCGGGCAGCGACGGCGACUCGCCGAUCACUCCGCCACCGCCCGCUCAGCCCCAGCAUCCACUCGAGAAACAGCGGGCCGGAGUGCUUCGCGGCGCCUUUGGCGUGCAAGCGAGCCCGACUGCGCUGGAGCUUCACCCUUGGGAUGGGCACGUCGCGACACUGCCCGCAUCGCAGCAGGCAUGGAGCAGCGCCGAUGCGUACGGCAGUCUGGGCAGCGCGCCGUCUACGCCGUCGCUCUCGCCGCCCGAGAAAGUCACGCAAGGCGCUGGCUUCAGCCCUGCUCCGCCGUCUGCUGGCACCCGUCGCAACGGGUCUAGCAAGCGCACCAGCACGAUCAGCAAUGAUGGCAGUGCGCUCCUAGCACCUCGUACCGCUUCGCUCGGCGUGCAAGCGGCCAACGGUAUCGAUAAGCGGAACAGCCUCCGCCGGCUCGACAGUCCGGCGGACUCCAGCACGGGCAGCAGCAACUCCGGGCCCACUGCGUCGCCAGCGAGCAAGAGACUCAGCGGAACGGCUGCCAGCGUGGCGGACCCGCCGCACAUCGAGAUCCGGCCGCCAGUCGGCAGCCGCAAGGCGAUCCUGUCGGCCUCGUCGACGGCCUCGGGCGACAUGGACCUCGUCGCGCGCACGCGUGGAGCGCGACGGCCGUCGCUGCGCAAGGCCGCCGCCGAAGCCGCCUCGCCUCGUCCGGCACCCAUCAUGCAACCCGAGCCGGCGCCCUUUGCCAUGGCGCAGCGAGCACGCUCGGCGAGCAUCAGCUCGAAGAGCUCCAAGAGCAGCGGCAGCAGCUACCCGCGCUCCGAGAUGGUGUCUCCGCCAACGGCGCUGCCCGGCACACGGUCAGGCCCACCGCGACCGCCUCGAAUGGGCCCAACAAAGGUCAAGGGCCGUGCGGUGCCCGCAGAAGACAUCACGCCGCUCUCGUACACCUCCGACUAUGCCGCACAGUGGCGCCGCCGCUCGGCCGACGCCUCCAUCUCGUCUCCGCCUGCCGAACCCCUGCCUUCCCUGCCCCGCAGCAUGCUCUCUGCCUGAGCUGCACAGCGUUAUUUCCUAGCCUCGUCACAGGUGUCCGAGCGUCACACCCAGGUCCGCAUCGCCUCUAUCCUCCUCCGCCCCUCACUCGUCUGUUCCUUGUGCUCCUACUUCGCAUACCACUCUCCCGCACUCCUUGUGCCCACACUCAUUCGGCUCCGCACUGCUCGGCAUGCGCCUGUCACUGCUCUUCGCAGACGGGCUGCUCUCUCUCCGCAAUACCAAAAUCUGCUCUUCCUGUGACACGGGGUAUCAUUCGUGACCCGCGGGCAGCAUCAGCCGCCACGCCGGGCCUGCUCGCGAUGCCGCGCAAAGAAGGCUCGGAUAGUGGCCUCAUCGACCUCCUGUCCGCUCUCUUGGCACGGCCGCAACACCUGCUCAAAGAGCGCA